UCGCAGUUAUUAGCUGUCGCGCGCCAGCUGCGGAACACGCUAGAUAGCGACAUGAGUGGGGUGGGCUCUCGGUAGGUUGGGUUGUCAGUCGGUACCCAGGACAGAGUGCGGUCGCCCUCCCCGAGACCCUGCCCUCGCUGAGCUGAGCCGAGCCGUGCCGGCCGCUCCGCAGGCGGGCCCAGCCGCGCGUCGCAGGCGUGAUCAUGGUCCUGCGGCAUGAGCGGCUCGACCCGUCCGCCGUCCGCAGACCCGAGCGACCUCCACGCCAUCGUCCUCGCGCCUGCCGACCUCGGUGAGCUUGAGCUCGCGGGCCUCGCCAGCGCCGCUGUCCAGCAUGGCGACACGGACAGCACCGACACCUGGAGCACCCGCUCCGGCAGCGUGUCGUCGGCGAGCGGCCAAGAGCUGGCCGAGGCCAUCCAGUCCUGCUCGAUCCUGCCGUCGAUCGGGGACAUCGCGGUGGAGAGCUCCUCGGAGGUGUACAUCGGAAGCAACACGCACUUCCACGGGGCCGUCACCCUGCUCGUGCCGCCCAGCUCGCUACCCGGCCUGCUCCCGCCCGCGGUCCAGGGCCGCCGGAGCGCGCUCACCGAGAGGGAGAAGCAGGCCGACGAUCACCAGCCACCGCCUUCCACGCCGACGGCGGAGUCACGUGAACAACCGGCUAGGGAAAAGCGCUGGAUAGAAAGGCUGCAAACGCGCUAUGCGGUGACGAUAUUGGGCUCCAUGGUCGUGCUUGCGGUCAUGGUGAUGAUCGCCGUUCUAGUGAGCCGAGAUGAAGGUUAGUGUACGGAUGUACCGCGUGGAGCAGAGAAUGCACUGAAACUCAGCGUUGCGGGAUUGCACCGAAGGGGUCAUGGCGCCUUACGGACAAGGGAAGGAGUAGGCCAACUCGUAACACUGAGAUGGCUUCACUGAUACACCUGGUAUGGGUUUGGUUGAAUGAAUUAUAAUUUGCGAUCAUGUUAAUCAGUGUGUUAUUUUAUCAUCGAACAAAAAAGCUUUAUAGGUGCUACACGUAAGACCUCUGACAC